GACGUUCCUAGGGGCUGGCACAGUUUUGAAAAGCGGCUCUUUGGCAGAUGGUGAAGCGACCUGGCAAUCGCAGCUGCUACGGUGGGGGGAAAAGAUCCGUGGGCGUUGUGAGGCUCCUCGGAGAGCGACGAGUGCGACAAGUGCGACGAGUGCGAUGAGCUCGUUUGAGCCCACCCUAGGCCGAACGAGUAUGCGAAUGGCCGGAGACGCGGAAACCCCGAGGGUAGCUGCUGGAGCGAUGACCAAGGAGGGUUCGGUAGAAUCGAUUGACGAUUUGAGCGUCGAAUUGAGGAAUGAUUUGAGGGUCGAAUCGAGGAACGAUUUGAGGGUCGAAUCGAGGGGCGAAUCGCAAGCACCUCCAGCAUCGAAGGCAGCGGGGAAUGGCCCUCGGCGAAAGGAGUGGAAUCGUCGCGAGGCCGUCGCAGGAGCCGUCGCAGGCAUGACGACUGUCGUCAUUCUCCACCCCCUUGACAUCGUGCGAACGAGGUUCCAAGUGAAUGACGGCAGGGACCCCUGUCUGCCUCGCUACCGCAGCAUCACCAGCGCCAUCACCACCAUUGCUAGAUCCGAGGGCAUACGAGGGCUGUAUGCGGGCCUUUACCCUUCCAUGGUUGGCUCAACACUCUCCUGGGCUCUCUACUUCUUCCUGUACAGCCACGCUAAGGAGCGUUACACUGUGUAUUUCAGUGCUGUAACCAGCAGCGGUAACCGCAGCAGCAGCAGCAGCAGCAGCAGCAGCAGCAGCAGCAGCAGCAGCAGAGAUGACAGCUGGAGUGCUUCCAUGGGAAGGCAUUCGAAACAGGACUGUGCCUCCACUGCCGCUACACCUGCUGUUUUUGGCCAUGACUCCAAACAAGGGAGAUCAAAGGAGGGCUCAAUCCCUGGCGAAACAGCUGAAGGGUCUUCAAGACACAGGGCCUCGGGAGCGGAGCAGGGGAAUGGAAUUGGAGUAGGAUCAGCAGAAAGGGAGCAAGGAAGUAGGGUUGGCUCGGGAGUGGCAGAGAGGGAGCACGGUUGUAGGAUUGACUCAGAAGCGCAUGCAGAUGCUGCUGGCGAGGGAGUGCAAAGAGGUUUUCCUCCAAAUGAGCGAGUAGUUACAGCAGGGGAGCCUGGAGGGAGGAGCACACUCAGCAGCGGCAAUGGAGGGGGGGAAGCAGACGACAUGAGCAGCAGCAGCCGCAGCAGCCGCAGUACCGCACAAGGCGGAAGCGACAGGAGCGGCAGCAGCCGCAGCACAGCAGUGGUGCAUGUGGCUGCUGCCGCGGAGACUGGCAUUCUGGUGGUCCUCCUCACCAACCCCAUCUGGCUGGCCAAGACGCGACUGCAGCUGCAGGGGGGUUUGGACCCCAAGAGCGCACAGCAUAGACCACCGGCCGAGACACCACCACCAUUACGAGGUCCAAAUGGGACACAGCCAUCCAUACCACUGGCUGCAUCGAGGCCGUCAGCAGCACUGGGGUUGUCAGCUGCACCCCAUCAUCACCCACGACAGUACCGAGGCUUUCAUGGUGCUUCAUGACGCCCUCUGCUCUAUUACGCCAUCUGGUCCAUUGUCAAGGAGGAGGGUGUGAGAGGACUGUACAGAGGCAUAGGACCGAGCCUUUUCUUGGUGUCGCACGGGGCCAUUCAGAUGGCGGCCUAUGAGGAGCUGAAGCACUUGAUGCUGGCCCUACGGAGCUCCACGCCGUGGCAUGCACAUGCACACCCGCCCUCUCCACCACACGCUGCUUCCCACCCCUCCUCCUCCUCCACGUAUCCUGCUCUUCCUGCUGUACCAGACCUGUCCCCAUGGGACAUUGCAGCUGUGGGAGCAGCUGCCAAGCUCUGUGCUGCCUCUGCCACGUACCCCUACCAGGUCAUCCGAUCGCGCCUGCAGAUGCGUCCGAACGAGGCCGGCCAGCUCAAGUACCGCAACACAUGGCAUGCUGUCACCAGCAUGUGGCGGCUGGAGGGUGCCCGUGGCUUCUACAAGGGCUUUCUGCCCAACCUGCUGCGAGUCAUGCCCGCUGCCUCCAUCACCUUCGCUGUCUACGAAGUCACACUGCGAUUCCUCAAACCACGUCCUUUCGCUUCUCAACAAGGCUCCUCUUGAGUUGCUUCCUCACAUCACGCUACAAGACAAGAGAGCGAUGCCGUCUGCUUCCAUCACCUACACCAUCCAUGAAGUCAUGCUGGAUUUCUCAAGCCACAGCCCCACUCUUGCCCACAAGGCUUUUGAACCGUCUCAAGAUUUCGUGCCAUCUGCUUCCAUCUCCUUUGCCAUCUGCUUCCAUCUCCUUUGCCAUCUAUGGAGUGACGCCGUGAUUCCUCUUUCCACGCCGCCUUGCUCCACCACAAGUAACGGCAUGCUAGUGAAAGCUUGGCAAGCUAGUGCAGAUGCAGCAUGCACCCGCGAAGAGUGUACGAAUGUGAAUCUGUUCACCGUAUCUAGACUCUUGAUUGCAUGCUGUUUGCUUCCCCAGUAAAAAGGCACAUUGCCA